AUGAAGCCCCCCCAGCGGCGGAGAAAGGCUCCGGCGCGCUACCUUGGCGUGGUGACAGGCCCCGUAGCCUGGAGCAUCCGCGAGAAGCGGCAGCUGCUGCGACUACUGCAAGAGCGGCGGGGCCAGCCGGAGCCGAGCGCUGCAGAGCUGGCCCAGGGGUUACCGGGCCGCAGCGAGGACCAGAUCCGGCACUUCCUCCGGCAGCUCAAGGGCCGAGUGACACGGGAGGCCAUUCAGAGGUUGCAUCCAGGUGACCCGCAUGAACAACUCCAGCCCCCAGCCCCUAUAGAGGUGUGGACACAGCUGGCUGAGAAGGUAACAGGCCCGCUGGAGGAAGCCUUAACAGCUGCCUUCUCCCAGGUGUUCACCAUCGCGGCCACAGAGCCGCUCAGCCUCCUGUACUCCCAGCCUUCGAAGCCCACGAAAGCUCAUGGAAAGAUGCCACUCCUCCACACCGCCAAGGGGCAGGAAGUAUCUGACUCUGAGGCCCCUGCUCCCAACACCCCUGGAGCCCCUGUGGUCCCUGCCCCUGAGACCCCUGCUGAGCCCCCAGCUGGCCCCUCCUCCGAGGGAGACUUCACCGUGGACUUUGAGAAGAUCUACAAGUACCUGGCAUCCCUUUCGCGAAGUGGCCCAGGACCUGAGCUGUCUGCAGCUGAGUCAUCUGUGGUCCUUGACCUGCUCUUGUCCCUCCCGGAGAACCUGACCCAACUGCCGUGCACAGCCCUGGCCAAACAUAUGACUGAAGCAUACCUACACCUGACGGCCCCCCAGCCCAGUGCUGCUGAGGGGAGCCUGGGACCUGGGACUGAGGAUGGGGGCACUGGCUCCAGGGAACAUAAGGAGCCCACCCCGGCCUCCCCCCAGGCCCCUGAGAACACAGAGACCAGCGAACCAAGAUCAGUCUGGCAAGCAGCUGGGGUCUGCCCCUUGAACCCCUUCUUGGUGCCCCUGGAACUUCUGGGUCAGGUUGCCAGGUGA